CUCGACACCCGUUCAGACGCCCUAGUCCGUUUGACCUAUUUUCUCGAAUUCGAAUAGUAGGUAUAGUGAUUAGUUUAGUGAACAACAUAUUAUUAUCACAAUGAAAUAACGCUUCCGCGUAGCGCAAAAACAGUUUUUUUUCACAAAUCCGCCGAUUUAUGCAGCUUUGACACGCUGAAAAAUCGUACGUACUUCAUUACACCGUCUGCCGCGUCCACCCGACCAACCGGGCAGCACUGGUAACAACUACCUACUCAAGACUACCACAUCAUCAAGUAAGUAGGCAUCCACACGCCUUAUUUUACAUAACCGUAUGACCGUGUAUAACCGUAUCGGUAUUUCGAGUAAAGAAAGAGAGAGAGAGAGAGAGAUAUAUUAAUUGUCGAUCGAAGCGUUGGCGCGUGGUUAAUCCUGCACCGAAUUUCCCACGCAAAGCCGAACGGGAGACGAGUAGGUUCUUCAACAUCAACAAUAAUAAUAACAACAACAAUAACAUCGCUGUUGCACAACCACCGCUCGAUCAACGUUACGUUUCGCGAUACAUCCCGUUGCAUCGUAAGCAAUCGCAGACGGAUUUCUUAAUGUCUGGUAUGCAGCCACUGAGUUUGAUUUACAUGCUUGCCGACGAGUAUUAUAUGCUGGCGUUGCCGUACAUGUUCCUAAACAUUAUAAAGGAGGAAAUACCUCGCUGGUUCACCUGGCUACCCAGGCUAAGGAAUUUUGUGAGCCAUAUGAUGUUGAAGACCGCUAAGGCAUAAACCGAACGUCGAGCGGUGCUGAUCAGUACGACGGCAGUGGUGGUGGCGGUGGCUGCUUCUGAGAGCGUGGGAUACUGAGAGACGGUCGUUUUCUCCUCCGCCAACGCGCAUUGGGCAACGCGACUUCGGGACAGAUCAGUUGAGCAACCGCUGUCGACCCGUGCCGCCCUCACUCCACCCGCGGUUACGCAACGCGACGCGUACAUAGACGGCCUCCCUCCACACCACCGGGCGUCACGUCAAACAUGUGCAUGCCCGCGGAUCACGGCGAUGCCGCGGUCAUUUCGUACGUAGAUUUCUUUGCAGCGACGCCGGUACAGCCGCUUCCUCCGACACGACCGCCGUACCAACAUCACCUCACACUUCGACAUCAGCGCCCGAUACCGUUGGCUGUGGUACCGGAAUCGUCUGAAUCGGCACCGGAAAACAACGCCACGACCGUCGCUGUCACACCGAAGCGGGCACAGAGGACUUUGCGUUGCACGUGUCACAACAAAUCGGCGGCCAUGCGAUUGGGCGCGAAACGACACGUGACGGCCACCGACGACGUCACGUUGUCCAUCCGGCUAUUCAUCACGCUGUCCAUCGCUAUCCUGGCAACCAAACUGAUCGCCGACGCCGUGUACUCGACUGGCGUAGACUGCUCCUUGGUGGACAAUCCACACUCGUACAGGGCCAAGAGACAGUUGCCGCCGAUCGAGCAGGGCAACAUGGUGAUUGACAGCAUAUUUCAGAUUCCUAUAAAAACACUCAGCGCCGUCGGGACACUAAUUAAGACUGCCCGUCCUCUGGUGCGCAGGACCCGCGAACGCAUCCAACAGUACUACACGGGCUACCAGCAGCAAUACAGCAACGGCCAGCAGCAAUACAGCAACGGCCAGCAGCAAUACGGCAAUGGUCAGCAGCAAUACGGCAACGGUCUGCAGCAGUACGGCAACAGUCUGCAGCAAUACAACAACGGCCAGCAGUACUACACAAGCGGUAAGAAGCGCUACAGCAUUGGCCGUCUGAACACCGACCAGGAAUUACGCCAGGAUGAUGGAGGAGAAGAGUUCGUUCACCGGCCCAAGCGGACACAGGUGACUUAUCGGGUCAGCAACGAUCAGCCCGAGGGCCGCCACCUAUACAAAUCCGAAGUUUAUUGAUAUCUCCACCGAUUUGUAACGAAAUACGAUGAGUUUUGUUACGAAUCGGUGCUCGGAUGUCCAGUAAUGGUGUUCCUCUCUAUUAUUGCUCAGAUCGCUGACUUACAUGUAUUAGAGAUGGCUGCGCACAUUUUGUAUAUAAUCCAUUGAAAAAAUCAAAUGCUUACUACAUAUAUACAUUUCAUGUUAUGAAGUGUCACACCUACAAUAUUAUACCGUAUAUAUAUAUAUAUAUAU